AUGUUGAGUGUCACUGAGAAUCUAACCACCCCCACCCUCACCCUACAGGAUUCUCAUCUAAAGAUCCUGCUGGCUGCCAUGUCCUAUGACCGCUCUGUAGCCAUCUGUAAACCCCUGGAUUGCACCACCAUCAUGAGUGGCAGCGUCUGCAGCUUCUUGGUCUUUGCUUCAUGGUUGGCUGGUUUCAUAGUAAUGUUUCCACCACUCCUUGUGGGUCUCCAGCUUGAUUUCUGUGCAGCCAACACUGUAGGUCAUUUUUUCUGUGAUGUUUCUGCUAUUUCGCAGCUCUCUUGCUCAGACACAGAUUUAAUAGAAUUAAUGGCGCUUCUCUCAGCCAUUUUGAUGCUCCUGGUUACACUGGUGUUAGUGAUUCUCUCCUACACAAACAUCAUCAGGACUAUUCUGAAGAUUCCUUCUUCCCGACAGAGGAAGAGAGCCUUUUCUACAUGUUCUUCUCACAUGGUUGUUGUGUCCAUUUCUCAUGGCAGCUGCAUCUUCAUGCAUGUGAAACCGUCUGCAAAGGAGAGAGUGUCUAUAAAUAAAGGGGUAGCUCUGCUCAGUACUUCUAUUGCCCCCAUGUUGAUUCCUUUCAUUUAUACACUGAGAAACAAACAAGUGAAAGACGCUUUUAAGCAUAUGAUCAAAAAGAUAUAG